AUGGCGGGUGCUCCAGCCUCCACCGCAACCAUCACCGCCACGACCAACAAUAAUGAUGUCCAACAAUGGGAUUUUGCCUCUAACAACCAUGUAGAGGAAUACUCCCAGGACACAGUUUCUCCCAUACUCAGCGAAUACGGUAGCCGGCCUGCGAAUGGAAACGCCUCCGCCGGCUAUGAAUAUGGCUUUGAGCCACUGCCACCCUCCCGAAAGAAACAUUCCGUCGAAAAUAUGUCGUCUCUCAAGAACGCUCGAUCUUGGGACAGGAGCAAUCGCUCAUCAGAUGCUUCGACGAAGCCCACGUGGACCGACGACCUGAGUGCACCAAAGCGAGCCGGCACUGGCGACAAGCGAACCACAGCUGACCAGCCCUUGAAGCAUUGGGACGACGAAAACUCAAAGUGGAUCCAUCGCGACAAACUGGCCAAGAUCGAAAGCCGAGAGCUCCAAGCGGCUGGCAUCUACCUUCCUCGAUCCCGGGCAAGCAGCAAGGUGCGCAAGGGCCGAAGCGAAGAGCGUCACCAGGGCACCAAGAGGACGGCUUCAGCAGCGGCUGAGGACCGUGACCAUUCUGUCCCAGCCAGCCGACACCGGAAGAACUCAUCUGCUGCUGAGAACAGCCUGUCUGACAACCAGGCCCAGACACCCAGCUGGGACUUGCGACUUCCCGAGGAGAUAGAGGCCGAAGGAGAUCCUUACUGGACAAGUACCUCAUCCAGGGCCGGCUCUAAAAUUCCUGUGGCCAAAAUGAGCCCUUUGCCGAUUCCAGAAACCUUCAUUGACCGCCACUCGCCUUCUACACGCAGGCAGAGUGAUGUCCCACGCGAAACCGAGUCGAUUGCGUAUCCCAAAACGAGGUCGAGAGCUGGUAGCAUCAAUGCUCUCGCCGAGCCUGCUGCAGCUGGGACGCUGCAGCCAGCCAAGCGAUCCGCUACCGAUGUCUCGCCCAGGAAGACGACUCCGACUGCUAGGAAGACAUCUGCCCCUAUCAAGUCGAACGGCUCCGUGAGCGGGCGGCCACGAACGCGUGGCGGUCCUAACAAAGACUCCACAAGCAGCACCGGCACGACUCGCCCUUCGACAAGGUCGGGCGAACUAUCACCGGGCAACAGGGCGCCAGAGGGAGAACCGCCCUGGAUGAUUGGAAGCUACAAGCCUGACCCUCGCUUGCCACCCGAUCAACAAUUGCUGCCCACAGUCGCGCGACGGCUUCAGCAAGAGAAAUGGGAGAAGGAGGGCAAGUUCGGCAGUGUCUACGACAAGGAGUUUCGACCGAUGACAGAUGACGCUCUUCUGAGCCCCCCUGUGCCAGGCCCCAGCGGCGCGCAAGAAGAGGAGAAGCAGCCGCAGGAACAGUCCGACGAGUGGCCGCUCAAACCAAUAGAGAGCAAAAGCCCGACUUUGAAGCAAGGCACUUCAUACUCGACGAUACCCAAAAUCUCUGACAAGCCUCAGGUCAGCCCGCUGCCGAGCCCGCGGACGCCCGGACCCGUACCACAGUCGCCCCCUACAGCACAGCUACAACCUGCGAGGGUGCCGGACGCCUCAGCGGAGAACGACGACGUGGGGCAGAAGAAGGGGGGCUGCGGGUGCUGCAUCAUCAUGUGA